UACAGACAUCUAGGUAUCCAAAACAAGUGUAAUCGCAACAAAGAUAUAUCAUAUUCGUGAAAUAUAAACAAUUUUAUGAUAUGAUUAGUGGCAUUUGCAAAGGCGUGUUACUUUUGGAACGAAAUUCAAUAUGUUGUCGCUUAUAUCAAAUCAAGAUAAUCACUUUUAAACGAGAGGUAUAAAUCAUGUCUGCCGAGACUGAGCUGACGAUGCAGACAGGAAUCUCUUCGGUGCUGCUUCCAGAUAUUGCGACGCUCAGUUUAAUCGGACAUAGAUCUCAAGCGACACAUUUGGCGUCCCAUCCUUCCCAUCAGAGUAUGCAGCAGAACCCAAAUGAAUCUUGGCAGACCAGCCCACCCCGCCAGACUGCCAGUCCAACCUCACAAACCACAUUUACAGAUCCGCUUGCAGCGGGUGCAUCUGGAACCCCCCUGGGGACGACGAGUACAGCUGUUGCGUUGCCUGGUGCAGCCGGUACAGUUGCCACGGUAUCACCCCCCGUAGAGCCCCCGGUCUUCCAAUGUCCACGCAGGCCCAAUCUGGGCAGGGAGGGACGGCCCAUCGGACUCAAGGCCAAUCAUUUCCAAAUCUCCAUGCCCAGGGGCUUUGUACACCACUAUGACGUCAAUAUCCAACCUGACAAAUGCCCCAGAAAAGUGAAUAGAGAGAUUAUCGAAACGAUGGUAAAGGCGUAUGGUAAAAUAUUCGGCAACUUAAAACCCGUCUUUGACGGAAGAAACAAUCUUUACACGAGGGACCCACUGCCGAUCGGUAACUCCCGGGAGGAAUUGGAGGUAACUCUGCCGGGUGAGGGUAAAGAUAGAUUGUUCCGUGUCAGCAUAAAAUGGGUAGCGCAGGUCUCUCUGUAUGGUCUCGAAGAAGCAUUAGAAGGCAGAACAAGGCAGAUUCCUUAUGAAGCCAUAUUGGCCUUGGAUGUGGUCAUGAGACAUUUGCCAUCUAUGAGUUACACACCUGUAGGCCGGAGUUUUUUCAGCAGUCCCGAGGGAUACUACCAUCCUUUGGGCGGCGGAAGAGAAGUCUGGUUUGGUUUCCAUCAGUCAGUUAGGCCGAGUCAGUGGAAAAUGAUGCUCAAUAUCGAUGUUUCUGCAACGGCUUUCUACAAGGCCCAGCCUGUGAUAGAGUUUAUGUGCGAGGUGCUCGACAUUAGGGACAUCAACGAGCAGCGGAAACCACUGACGGAUAGCCAGCGUGUGAAGUUCACGAAAGAAAUCAAAGGACUCAAAAUCGAAAUCACCCACUGCGGGGCCAUGCGGCGGAAAUACAGGGUGUGUAACGUCACCAGGAGGCCGGCUCAGAUGCAGUCGUUUCCAUUGCAGCUGGAGAACGGGCAGACUGUCGAAUGUACGGUAGCGAAAUAUUUCCUGGACAAGUACAAGAUGAAGUUAAGAUACCCGCACUUGCCAUGUCUUCAGGUUGGACAAGAACACAAGCACACUUACUUACCGUUGGAAGUUUGUAAUAUCGUGGCGGGGCAGAGGUGUAUCAAGAAACUGACCGACAUGCAGACCUCGACCAUGAUCAAGGCGACGGCGAGGUCGGCCCCGGACCGGGAACGGGAAAUCAACAACUUGGUGAGGCGGGCAGACUUCAAUAACGACGAGUACGUCCAGGAAUUUGGCUUGACGAUUAGCAACAACAUGAUGGAGGUCCGAGGCAGGGUCCUGCCGCCGCCGAAGCUCCAGUACGGUGGUAGAGUGGCCUCACUCAGCGGACAGGUGGGCUGGCACAGUAAGCAGCAGGCGAUGCCAAAUCAGGGGGUUUGGGACAUGCGCGGCAAACAGUUCUUCACCGGAGUGGAAAUCAGAGUCUGGGCGAUUGCCUGCUUCGCUCCUCAGCGUACUGUGCGAGAAGAUGCUCUUAGGAACUUCACUCAACAGCUACAGAAGAUCUCGAAUGACGCAGGCAUGCCCAUUAUCGGUCAGCCAUGCUUCUGCAAAUAUGCGACAGGCCCCGACCAAGUUGAGCCGAUGUUCCGUUAUUUAAAAUCAACUUUUCAAUCUUUGCAGCUCGUUGUUGUGGUUCUACCAGGGAAAACACCAGUAUACGCUGAAGUGAAGAGGGUUGGCGACACUGUAUUAGGAAUGGCCACCCAAUGUGUUCAAGCCAAAAACGUUAAUAAGACUUCGCCACAAACACUGUCCAAUUUAUGCCUGAAAAUUAAUGUUAAGCUAGGGGGAAUCAACAGCAUUCUAGUGCCAUCUAUUAGACCAAAGAUAUUUAACGAACCGGUUAUAUUCCUGGGUGCAGACGUGACACAUCCACCAGCCGGAGAUAACAAAAAACCUUCUAUAGCAGCAGUGGUGGGUUCGAUGGACGCCCAUCCGUCCCGUUACGCGGCCACUGUUCGCGUACAACAGCACCGUCAAGAGAUCAUCCAAGAGCUCAGCUCGAUGGUCAGAGAGCUUCUGAUUAUGUUUUAUAAAUCCACCGGUGGUUACAAACCACACCGUAUCAUUUUGUAUCGGGACGGAGUCUCGGAAGGUCAGUUCUUACAGUUGCUGCAGCACGAACUAACGGCUAUUCGCGAGGCUUGCAUCAAGCUGGAGGCGGACUACAAACCGGGCAUAACGUUCAUAGUCGUGCAAAAGAGACAUCACACCAGGCUGUUCUGUUCAGACAAGAAGGAGCAGAGCGGAAAGAGCGGGAAUAUUCCGGCCGGUACGACGGUAGACGUCGGGAUUACACAUCCCACGGAGUUUGAUUUUUACCUUUGCAGCCACCAGGGUAUUCAGGGUACCUCGAGGCCAUCACAUUAUCACGUCCUGUGGGACGACUCGCAUUUAGACUCCGAUGAGCUCCAGUGUUUGACGUAUCAGUUGUGCCACACAUACGUGCGUUGUACACGUUCGGUUUCCAUUCCAGCGCCCGCCUAUUAUGCACACCUGGUGGCAUUCAGGGCUAGGUACCAUCUAGUUGAGAAAGAACACGAUAGCGGAGAAGGUUCCCAUCAAUCUGGAUCUUCUGAAGACAGAACUCCCGGGGCGAUGGCGAGAGCGAUAACCGUACAUGCGGACACCAAGAAAGUCAUGUACUUUGCUUAAGAAAUCCCGCCGAGGCCAAAAUCAAAGUACAAGGGAUAAUAACACCUGCAUAGGAUUAGUUCACUGUGACCAAAAUUGUACGGAAACGGGCGGUAUGAAAACGUACCGCAAUAUGUACGGUGGGUGUGGAUGUGUUAAUAAUAAUUAUCGCCAAUUAUUUAUAUAUAUAUAUAUAUACAUAUAUUUUAUAUAAUCUGA